CCAAACUUAGUGAAAUAAACAAUUCAACAGUUUUAAAAUAGUUAAGCGUUAAAAAGUUAAUAUAAACAGCAUGCUUAUACCAACUAAACCUGCACCGCAGUUCAGAGGGAAAGCGGUCAUCGAUGGUGCUUUCCAGACUGUCAGUUUACAGGAUUAUUUAGGGAAAUAUGUGGUCUUGUUUUUCUAUCCUGCUGACUUCACAUUUGUAUGUCCAACUGAAAUCAUAGCGUUCAGUGAACGUAAUGAAGAAUUUGAGAAAAGAAACUGUCAAUUAAUUGCUUGCUCAACAGAUUCUGAAUACUGCCACCUGGCAUGGACGAAAAUGGAACGUAACGCAGGUGGACUAGGUCCUAUGAAAAUACCUAUUCUAGCUGACCCAACGAAAACAAUUGCACGGUCCUAUGGCGUUCUUGACGACGUGGAGGGUAAUGCAUUUAGAGGACUAUUCAUAAUCGAUACGAAAGGUAUACUUCGUCAGAUAACAGUUAAUGAUCGUUCAGUGGGUAGAUCUGUUGAUGAAGUUAUCCGACUAUUGGAUGCAUUCCAGUUUGUUGAAAAGCAUGGAGAAGUAUGUCCAGCUAAUUGGAAAGCUGGCAAAAAGACAAUCAAACCAGAUCCAAGUGCCAGUAAAGAGUUUUUCUCUGGAUCAACAUAAAAUUUUGUCGAACUAGUUUUUAUCAGUUAUUUCACCUGUAGAACAAUGAACAAGAUUAUCUUAGUUGAAUUUAUUUCACUUUAAUUAUUCUCACACAAUAAAUAGAAAUACGUGU